UUUCUUUCACCACAAUCACAAUCACAAUCAAACAUACACACUCAUCAAAUUGUUAGCAUCAAUGGCUUCCCUAAGAAUUUCUCCCAUCGCCCCCUUUACUCAGUCCAAAAGAAUCAACACCUCUCGUCGAGGCAAACAUGAGUCGUCCUUGUUCGGGACGACUUUCCCGAAUAGGGUUUUGAAUGAGAAUCGCCCACUGUUAGCUAUCUCCAAAGUUGCUACAAACCCCCCUUCCGAAGUUGUUCCAAAUCAAGGUGGUGGAAAUGUUGAUGAGAAACAUGUUGCUUGGACUAGUGUUAAGCAAGAAAGAUGGCAAGGAGAGCUUCAAGUUCAAGGCCAAAUCCCACAAUGGCUGAAUGGAACAUAUCUAAGAAACGGGCCGGGCCUUUGGCACAUCGGAGACUACAACUUCCGCCAUCUCUUCGACGGCUACGCCACCCUCGUCCGCCUCAGCUUCGACACCGGCCGCCUCGUGAUGGGCCACCGCCAAAUCGAGUCCGACGCCUACAAAGCCUCCCAAAAAAAUCAAAAACUAUGCUACCGUGAAUUCUCCGAGGCCCCCAAAACCGACAACUUCUUGGCCUACAUGGGCGACCUAGCCAAGCUCCUAUCCGGCGCCUCGCUCACCGACAACGCCAACACCGGUGUCGUGAAGCUAGGGGACGGACGGGUCGUGUGCUUGACCGAGACCCAAAAGGGGUCUAUUGUUAUAGACCCCGACACAUUGGACACGUUGGGGAAGUUCGAGUAUAGUGACAAUUUGGGCGGGCUGAUCCACUCGGCCCACCCAAUUGUCACUGAUACUGAAUUUAUUACUUUGUUACCCGAUUUAAUUAAUCCGGGUUAUCAAGUGGUGACGAUGGAGCCCGGGUCGAAUGAGAGGAAAGUGAUUGGGCGGGUGAAUUGUCGGGGUGGGCCAUCCCCCGGGUGGGUCCACUCGUUCCCGGUGACCGAGCACUAUGUGGUGGUCCCGGAGAUGCCACUUAGGUAUUGUGCACAGAAUUUGCUAAAGGCGGAGCCCACACCAUUGUAUAAGUUUAAAUGGCAUCCUGAGUCUAAAGGGUUCAUGCAUAUUAUGUGCAAAUCUAGUGGCAAAAUUGUGUCGAGUGUGGAGGUUCCUUUGUUUGUGACGUUUCAUUACAUCAAUGCUUACGAAGAGAAAGAUGAAGAUGGAAGAGUCACGGCCGUCAUCGCUGAUUGUUGUGAACAUAACGCCGAUACUAACAUUCUUCGAAACCUUACGCUUCAAAAUCUUCGCACACGCAACGGCGAAGAUGUGUUGCCUGAUGCAAGGGUUGGGAGAUUUAGGAUUCCAAUUGAUGGGAGCCCAAAUGGGACAUUAGAGGCAGCAUUGGAUCCAAAUGAGCAUGGCAGAGGCAUGGAUAUGUGUAGCAUUAACCCUAACUUUUUGGGGAAGAAAUAUCGCUAUGCUUAUGCUUGUGGUGCUCAAAGGCCUUGCAACUUCCCCAAUACCCUCACUAAGAUUGAUUUAGUGGAGAAGAAAGCCAAGAAUUGGUCUGAGGAAGGCUCCGUGCCCUCGGAGCCCUUCUUUGUGGCUAGGCCGGGUGCAACGGAGGAAGAUGAUGGUAUUGUGAUCUCAAUGAUAAGUGAGAAGAAUGGUGAUGGAUUUGCAUUGGUGUUGGAUGGAACUACUUUUGAAGAAAUUGCAAGAGCAAAAUUCCCCUAUGGCCUUCCUUAUGGUCUGCAUGGAGCAUGGGUUCCCAAGAAAUGAAUUUUUGAAGUUUAAUUAAUCUAUGUGCGUUUCACAAUCUUAUGUAUUUUGUGAGAUUGUUUAUGUAUCAUUUCUGGAAUAUGAAAAAAGAAAGUUUGAAAAAUUAUGUGGCAUUUGGUUUUUAUAUUGCAUAGUUCUAG